CGCACGUAUCGCACGUUUAUUCGCAUCCGCUUUUCCGUCGCUUGUAGAACGCCUUUUUGUUGAUCGAUUCGCCGUCUUCGCGUGAUCCUGCGCAGAUUACGGGCAAGGAUCUCUGUUGAAUCGUGUCGUCGCCAACAGGUCGGUCGUGGUUAUUUUUUUUGUUUGCACCGUAGAAGACGAUCGUGUCAGGUUAAUUGGAUAAUUAUCGCUUUAGUGGAUUGCGUGAAGGAACAACGGAAGUUUUUGGUUGAAAGGAGAUUCUCCGAGAAGAACCUGUUGUAGUGCAAGUGGAAUUAAGGUGCGUUAAUUAAGCUGACAAACGCAAGGUUACGACACUUGAUUAAGUGAAGAUUGCUUAUGUGACAACUCAAGUAGUUUAAUUGAAGAUUGGUGCUAAUAAUAAAACGAAGAAUUUUGGAAUUUGAUUUGCAACCGAAGAAAAUGUGAUUUUUUAGAGGUGUAAUUCAUUAGCAACUGGUGGCAAUAAUAUAAAAACAAGCUUUCAAAAGUGAUGGAGAAGCAGUGCAAAUUGGAAAGUUUGAAUCGAUCAAGUUGAUUUGAAAAAGUGAAAAAAAAAUACUAAUCCAGAACAAAGAUCAAUCGGAUCACCGUGAUUAACACCGAGCAAAUAUCGGCGAAAGAAAGCUGGCGUCAGUGGUUGGAGAAUUUUAACAGUGAACCAUCAAGCGCAGUCUCUGGAGCAGAAUGGAAUCGGACGGAGAACGUGACAACGGCUACAGCCACUACAACUCACCACAGCACCAACAAUCCGCCGCCCAGCAGAGCUACCACCGAUCCUACGAGGAAUACAUGCACCAGCACCAACAACAACAGCAGCAGCAACAGCAACAACAGCAGCAGAACCAAUCCAGUCAGAACCAGUCUCAAAACACUGCGGCCAGUUCCCCGCUGCCUGGUCAUCCCGGCCAGCACUCUAGCACAGGAGGAGGAAUGCUAGCACCACAAAGUCCCAGCAUGCUCAGCUCCGGCAGUAACGGCAUGAUGUCCUCCCCGCUCAUGCAAUCCCAUUCACCGCUGCUCUCGUCGAAUCCCUCCCUGUUGAACUCUCAGUCCCCGCUUCUUUCCAACUCUCCGCUGAUGAGUCAGUACUCCCCCUAUCAGGAUGUGAUCCCAACCAUCCUGCCGCAGGACGACCCCGGUGGAUGGGGUGGAUAUGCCCUCGCCCCAGGACCGUACCAGAGUGAGUUCUGUGCAUCCAACUAUGGAGUGUUACACCAGCGGCAGCAGUAUGGAGCACCGGGGAAAAUGGGACCACAUGGGACGCUGAAAAGUGCCAAAGAGGCACGCAUCCGGCGGCCCAUGAACGCCUUCAUGGUGUGGGCUAAGGUGGAACGGAAAAAGCUCGCCGAUGAAAAUCCAGAUCUACACAAUGCCGAUCUCAGUAAAAUGCUAGGUAAAAAGUGGCGCUCGCUAACGCCACAGGAUCGCCGGCCGUACGUUGAGGAAGCCGAGCGGCUACGGGUGAUUCACAUGACCGAGCAUCCCAACUACAAAUACAGACCCCGCCGUCGGAAGCACACCAAAGCUCGCAGUGGAGCUUCCGUCACCAACGGUGCAGUCGGUAAUCAACCUGGAGUGAACAAUACUCAAGCCAAUACCGUGAUUAAUUCCUCCCCAAGUGAGCUGAAUUUUGACGGCGAUUCGUCACAGCGAAUGAGCCCGUACAAUUACAACCCGCACUACUAUUCCGGAGCGAACAACGUCCUGAACACACCAGAUUCCAGUCCUACUCAAAGUCCUGAACCUGUACCGCCAACGGUAGUACAUGCUUCACAUGGUGUCAAUAGUAGGAAACUAUCUGGUAAUUCGGUGGAUGUUAGUCAGAAAAUCGACGACGUCUCAUCUGCGCUACCCACUCCGGAAAUGAGUCCCCUUGAGCUAGAGAAGGAAGGUUACAAUGGACUUCAUGCAAGCUACGAUGAUCUGAAGAGCAAGCAAAAGUUGACCUACGAUGGUUACAACAGUGUAAAAGCUGAACAAAAACUGCCUGCCACUUUUCCGAACAGCUACGAUCAUGACACCGACAUAAAGCGAGAAUACAGUUCCGCUCCAUCGUACAUGCAUUCCGGACCCCCGGAAAAACGAUACCAUUAUGAAGCAUCUCUACCGAAUGGUGUACACGAUAGACGGAACUACCUUGUUCCUAGCUCCGGAGCGACAACUACCACCGCUAUGGUGAACGGAAUGUACGUCAUGUGUACAAACCGGAGUAUCCUAGAUCAAGGUCAUAUUGUUACGGGAACAUACUUUCCACCGUUAGCCACUUCCGAGGAUCAUCAAACCUUGGGAACCACCCUGACCACCAGCCAUGUGUCGCAUCUCAGUACAAACAGUAAUAGCAGUAGUAGUAAUCAUAACCACAGCAAUAGCAACAACAGUAGUAGCAGCAAUGUUCCAAUUUCCAGUGGCAAUAGUCUGAACAAACCGAGUAAUGGCCUAGUGAGCAGUGUUCAUAUCGGAGGCAGUCCAGGUUCCCAUCAAGUCGCGCAACAAGCCACUCACCAGGGCUCCGGCUUAACAGCAGAACAGAUCAACAGCUACUACGGAGUUAAUUCAAUCUCUUCCGGACUGCCAGCCUAUUCGUAUGCCUACAAAGACUACGGCAUAACCUACGAACCGGCCUCGAUGAGUCAGGACGAGAUGGAUACUCGCGAGCUCGACAAGUACCUGAAGUAUCCGGACAGCAAUCACAACUUUAACAGCUACGAAUCAUACCACCAUGGUGGUGCCAUCUACGGACAUCCACAAGCGACAUCGGACUACUACAACUACCACCAGCAGAAUGCCAGCCUCUUGGCUCAGCAACAGCAACAACAGCAGCAACAACAACAGCAGCAACAGCAGCAGCAGCAGCAGCAACAACAGCAACAACAACAACAGCAGCAACAACAGCAACAACAGCAGCAGCAGCAACAACAGUCCCAGCAACAGCUUUCGUUGGGUUCGUCCUCGCCGGCGGGAAGUAAUCCUGGGAGCAACUCCAGCACCGGUGGUUCGAGUUCCAGUGGACAUCUACCGACGACACCGGUGGCCCUGUAUGCGCUACCGUUACAACAUUCUCAGCUGACAGCGGCACAACAACAGCAUCAUCAUGUGCAACAGGUGCACCUGGCUCAUGGGCCAAAUGCGCAUGGUAUGACCGACAUCUAUGUGACGAGUGAACAGUUAAAAGACGAUGAGUUUAGUAAUAUUUUGGCCGGCGUCAGGAAAACGUGCUACAGCAACUAGACUGUGAGGGUGGGAGAUGGAUGGAUGUAUGUUUGGACAAUGUGACACAGGAGAUGAUAAUGAGGAGCUGGCUAGUUGUCUCCUCUUGAAGAGCAGAAGAUCGAUCUUCCAGGUGACGGGUUUCCGCAAAGGUUUCACGUACUGUUUUAUAAAUGAUAAUUUGCUGAUAUCAAGACAAACAAUUGAAAUGGCCUCAACUCCAUUUUGUAAACAAACUUUGUAAGGUCAUUUUAUCGUGAACCAAAGUUCGCCAAUGCAAACCGACCAAAUUAACAGGUAGGGGAAAUUCUCCUCCACUCGAUUGUGUGUCAGGUAUGAGAAUGUAGGAUUCGGUUCGCGAGAAAAUGGCCUCACAGCAAAAAAAUAAUUUUGAUAUCACAUCAAAGUGGAUGCACUACAAUCAUGUCGAAAAUUUCAUGUAAUUUUUAUGACCACAUAAAUAAACAAAUGCAGUAAAAGCAGCGUAAUGUCAGUUCAUGCAUUGUAUUAAUGAUAAUUUUGUCCUUUUAAGCAAGUAAUAUUACACCAUAUUUUCGACAUGAUUGUAGUGCAUCCACUUUGACGUGAUAUCAAAAUUAUUUUUUUGCUGUGCUUACAAGGUUUGUUUUCAAAUUGGAGUUGAGGCCAUUUCAAUUGUUGGUCGUGAUAGAAACCUUUGUUAGCACGUUAGGGCCAAUUUGACGUGGUAUGCGGUGACAGGAUAGAUCUUUUAUCAUUUUCGAUUAUACUUGCACUACUCCGGUGAAGUGUAAAACCGUACAGGGUGUAGACAUUUGGUGUAUCUUUGUCAAAAAAAUAUUGCAUUUGUGCUUAUUGGCGUUUGUGCACUGGUGUGCACUGAUGUACCAAAUAGGGGAAAUGACGGCUUCGGCAUGACAGAAUAUUUUCGGCAACCCAAAUUGAAACACUAUUUUCACUGGAUUUUCUUACGAAAACACUUCGCUGAAUGCAUGCAAACGAUUCUUUAUGCUUUCAGCUUCAA